AUGGCGCAGCUCCUCCAUGAGAAACGGAACCCUAGAUCCAAAUUGGCUGAGGGGAUUUCUGGCUCAAUUAUGAGCCGCCUCGCUUCCUCACCGGUGCUACCGCUCGAUGAUGAGGACCUUCUCCAAGAGAUCCUCAUCCGCCUCUCUCCACAACCAUCCUCCCUCCCGCGCGCCUCCCUUGUCUGCCCGUGCUGGCGCAGCAUCCUCUCCAACCACAAGUUCCUCUGUCGCUUUCGCAAGCAUCACAGGAAACCACCUCUGCUUGGCUUCUUCGCAAGGUGUUUAAUCACUAAAACGACCGUCUUCACUUCCGUCCUUGACUCGCCUGACCGCAUCCCUGCUGGUCACUUUCUCGUGCCGCACAGCCACAACCCAUCCAAGCGGUUGCGCUUCAUGGGAUGCCGCCAUGGCCUCGCCGUCCUAUUUGAAAUGUCACUACAUUCCCCCAUGCCAACAGGUUUGAUUGUGUGGGAUCCACUCACUGGUCAACAACACAACCAUUUGACAAUGCCACCAGGGCUCAAUGGAGACAAAUGGAAGUGUUGGAAUACCACUGUGUUGUGCACUAGUGUCGAAGAUGGGCAUGUGCACGGUGAUUGCUUCUCGAACCCAUUCAAAUUUGUCUUGAUCUUCAACAGAGACACAGAUGCUUCAGCAUGCGUCUAUGAAUCAACAUCUGGUGUAUGGGGAGAUAUUGUCUCUGUGGUGACCAAGAAAGUAAUUUCUCCCCUGAGACCCAGCAUCCUGAUUGGAAAUGUACUUUACUGGUUGCUUGUUGGAGGUGAAGUCCUUGUGCAUGAUUUUGAAAGGCAGAGUCUUGGUAUGAUUGAGAAGCCAGCAGACACACAUAAUGGACAUGCCGAGUUUUCUUAUCAUCUCUUACGGACAGAGGAUAAUGGACUUGGUCUCGCCAUUGUGUCUAAUUUUACAAUCAAAUUAUGGGAGAGGAAAUCCAACCGUGAUGGUGUUGUUGGCUGGGAGUUUUUGAAGAAAGUUGCUCCAUUGGAUGGGUUGUUUCCGGAGCCGAUGCUUAGUGGUCACAUGUGGAUAUUUUUGGUGGGGUAUGAUGAGGACACAAAUGUGAUUGUUUUGUCUACGAUGACUAGCACGUUCAUGCUCCAACUUGAUUCUAUGCAAAUCAGAGAUAUUUCUGUAAGAACUAAUCUACGUCACCCAGUCAUUUAUCCCUAUAGAAAUUUCUAUACUGCAGGUGAGGAGAAGGGUACCCAGCCGAGGACUACUACAACUACACAUAUGGUGAAUUGCGGAAUAUGA